AUGGCUUUACAGCUACACUCGUUAAUGGCGUUCACACUCAUCGUCAUUACUAUAUCCUGCACAUCUAGGGUUCAAUCAAUCGGGGUAAACUGGGGCACCACCGCCUCCCACCCGCUGCCGCCUUCCAAGGUGGUUGAGCUACUCAAAAUCAACAAAAUCACCAAAGUGAAACUCUUCGAUUCCAACCCUCAAGUUCUCGAAUCCCUCUCCGGCUCCAACAUUGGCGUAACCGUCGGCAUUCCUAACUCCAUGCUCCAUACCUUAAAUUCUUCAGUCAAGGCUGCCGAGAGUUGGGUCCACGAUAACCUCACUCGUUACCUUCCCGACCGUACCCGUAUAGAGUACAUUGCUGUUGGAGAUGAGCCAUUUCUCCAAACCUAUGGUUCACAAUUCUAUCCUUUUGUGGUUGGGGCAGCCAUCAAUAUAGAAGCAGCUUUGAUCCGAGCUAAACUAGCAAAUAAGGUAAAAGUUGUGAUUCCGUGUAGCUUUGAUGCAUUCCAGUCAGAAUCCGGCGUACCCUCCAAAGGACACUUCCGAUCCGAUAUUAACAAAACCAUGAUUAGCGUCCUCAAGUUUCUUAGCAAGACUCAAUCUCCGUUCUUUGUGAGCAUUUCGCCUUUUUUGAGUUACUAUCAAAACAAGAACAUAUCCCUCGAUUUCGCUCUAUACAAACCAACCGCACACUCUCAUAACGACAGCCAUAGAUCAUAUAAAAACAGCUUUGAGUUAAGCUAUGACACCCUCAUCACUGCUUUAACAGUUGCAGGAUUUUCACAGAUAGAUAUUGUAAUAAGCCAAAUCGGUUGGCCUACAGAUGGAGCUCCAAAUGCCACUGUUUCAAAUGCAGAGGUAUUCACAAAAGGUCUUUUGGACCAUUUUCGUAGUAAGAAAGGGACCCCACUUAGGCCUCGGACUAUGCCAAUAGAAAUUUACCUUCAUACCCUUUUAGACGAAGAUCAGAGAAAUAUAACUGCUGGAAACUUCGAAAGACACUGGGGUUUGUUUACUUUUGACGGGCAAGCCAAGUACCAGGUUGACUUUGACCAAGGCACGAAAAGGCUCGUGAACGCACAGAACGUCGAGUAUCUUGCUUCCAGAUGGUGCGUCGUAAACAACAAUUUAAACAUCUCGAAUGCAACCGCACAUGCUACUGAGGCUUGCAUCAAUGCUGACUGUACCGCACUUUCGCCAGGUAGUUCUUGUUUUAAUCUCAGUUGGCCCGGGAAUGUCUCAUAUGCUUUUAACAGUUACUAUCAACAACAUGAUCAAAGGGCUGAUAGUUGUGAUUUUGGGGGGCUGGGAAUGAUCACGACGGUUGAUCCAUCGGUUGGUAACUGUAGAUUCAACGUAGAACUAAAAGUUUCGUUUUCGGAUUCAUUUCAUGGGUCAAAUUUUCACCAUUAUCUGGUCUCAUUUGUAACAACCAUUUUGGUGUUGCAGAGGCUAUGAUGGUGGAUGUGUUUGUAGAUGUAGAUUUUAGGGUCAUUUAAGGGAAGAACAUUUCCUUC